GAUAAAAUGAAGACGUAUAGUAUUAUAUUUAUUUUCCUAAAUAUCUACAUCAAAUAUUGUCUUGGCGAAGACGAAAUAGAGGAAUCAAAUGCAAGACAUUUUAUUGAAGGGAAGGUGGUAAUCCAGGGCGAUAAACUACCAGAAUGGACAAGUGAAACUCGAGUCCUUGUGAAUGGUGGAGAAUAUGUGGGGUUUCUUAAAGGCGAUGGCUCAUUUAUUAUAAAUGAUGUUCCAUCUGGAUCAUAUAUUGUUGAAGUGGCUUCUCCCAAUCAUUUAUUUGAACCUAUGCGUGUGGAUAUUAAUGCUAAGCGUGGCAAGAUAAGAGCAAGGAAAGUAAACUUUCUUCAAAAUUCAGCUGUUGUUACACAACCAUACCCUCUGAAAUUCAAAACCAAAGAACCUGCCAAUUUUUUUGAAAAACGUGAAGCAUGGAAAAUUAAGGAUUUUCUUUUCAAUCCUAUGGUUUUAAUGAUGGUUCUUCCAUUGCUUUUGCUGCUUGUGUUACCGAAAAUGAUGGGACAAAUGGAUCCAGAAACACAAAAGGAAAUGAAUUCUAUGAAUAUGUUUAACCAAUCCCAAGAAAUGCCCGAGUUCUCCGAUAUGCUCACGAACUGGUUUUCCUCGGGAUCAAAGAAGAAACCUGUUAAAACUGUAGCUAAGAAAACUCCAACUGCUCGACGACGAUAGAAAUAUAAAACUACUUGCAAGUUAUUGUUACUUUCUCUAAACAGCAAAUUUAAAGACUUUCAAGCUU